CGGGGAAGGCGGAGACGGAGACGCUGCUACGGGAGCCAGGAGGCCUUUCACCAGGACACGCGCUGGGGAAGGGGAGCCAGAGCCUGCGCCCCCUCCGAUCUCAAGCCCAGCCUCCCGGGCGCUUUCCAGAGAUGGAUCGUGUGACUCUCUUCUUGGCUCUCCUUCACGUGUACAGAGCUCUAGGAGAAGCCAGGUUUUGGGACACCACCAUCAAACUGGAGGAGACGGUGCCCCUGGAGUGUGUGCACCCGCUGUCCUUCAACCUGACCCAGGUCGAGUGGUUCAGGCUGGACGGCACGAGGAAAGAGUCCAUUGCCAUCUUCCACCCCGACUACGGCGAGGCCAUCAGGCAGCCCUACGCCGGGAGGGUCGAGCUGGUCGAGUCGCCCUCGGCGCCCAAUUACAGGGUGCUGUCCAUCCGGAACGCCUCGGAGGCCGACGUCGGCUUCUACUCCUGUCUCCUGGACACGUUCCCGCAUGGGUCUUGGGAAAAGGUGAUACAGGUGGUUCCGCCAGACCGUUUUGAGACAGCUGUGUCCCCAAAUAGCCAGGUGAUCUCAGAGACUGGAAAAAACAUCACCCUCACCUAUGUGCUUCAAAGGAACGGUUCCAUGCAACAAGUCACGUGGGAGAAGAUCCAGCCCCGUCAGAUCGACCUCUUAACUCGGUGCAACUUGUCCCAGGGCAAGGGCAACACCUCCCAGUACCGCAGGCAAAUGCUGAGCACCUGCGGCCAGGGGAUGAGGAGCAGCACCGUUGUCCUGCUCAACGUCACGGCCUCCGACUCCGGGCUGUACCGCUGCCGCUUCCAGGCCGACACGGGGGAGAACGAGACCUUCGUGUUCAGGUUGACCGUGACCGAUGAUAAAACCGUUAACCACUAUAUCCUCUUCACGGCUGGAGGGUCAGUUUUAUUGCUGCUGUUUGUUAUCCUAAUUGCCACCGUCAUUGUCAUUGUUUAUAACAGGAAAAAGAAAAGAUUCCAGUGUAAGGAGCCCCAGGAAACAAAGAGUAAGGCAUCCAACAACUACCGAAGCCCCCCCUUCCCCGCCCAGCAGCCCGACGGUGCAGGAGAGGACGUGUAUGUCAACUUCCCCACCUUCUCCCGCAGACCGAAGGCUCGCGUCUGAGCUUGCUCCUUGGCCCGAUCGAGCUUACCAUGACUGUUAUGUAUGUGGAUCUUUAUACAGUGUCUUCUCACUACUCAGUGUCUACCCCGGAUACCACUUGACUCAAUAUAUUUUAUUUUAUUUUAUUUUUUCAAUUCAAAUAUCACACUAUUUAAUUCCCCAAUAAAACACUGGAAAAAGGAUGACCCGUGCCACGUUUGCAUAUACAACCUCCGCCUGAUAAGUAACAGAAGCCUAUGUACUAAUUUCUUAAAGUUAAAAGACAUACACACAAUCUGGGGUUUAUGAACAAAACAGAAUAUUAAAGGCAAUUCUCCUGUCCAUGGUCUCAUCACCUCGUACUUGAAGGGUCAGGCCCUUGUCGGUCUGGAGAUGUCCAGGGUCCGCUGCUUUCGCUCAUCCCGGGCCUGUGCUAGGGCACAGAGGGCCCCGUCUGUCGGUCCUGCCCCGGGGCCGCUGCCCCUGCUGCCCCAGCUCCUGCCGGCCAUGGAGGGGGAACAGCCGGAUCUGCCUGCUCGCUGUCCCUGGGGCUGGCGACCUGCAUCACCUAAAGAGAAUGACGGCAGCAGAAGUGUUGCAGCAAACCUGCCUCUGAUCAGCUCAGGCACAAACGGCAACGCACUGACUCCUGUAACGGCACCAUCCAGGGGAGGUCACGCUGCAGACGAGGGCUCUCGGCCAGGGCUUCCGGGCUGAGCCUGAACCAAGUAUGGGCGUAGACCAACUUCUGGAUUCCCUUCCAUGAGGUCGGACUCCCUUCAGCGGUGCCAGCCUGACUUCCAUUUGGCCUUGCCCUUGUGCUUCCCAGAGUGCUGCCAGCAACGCUGGCAACUCGUCAUCCUUGUUUCUGGCUGGUGGAGAGUUUACGUAUGUCCUAGAGCAGACACAUUUGGUGAUGUGUCUAUCAUGAAACGGGUCUCAUGGCCAGGAAGGAUGGAAUGACUUCAGUCACCGAGCUGUUGGCCUCUGGAGCUAGGGGUGGGGCCAAAACCCAGCUGGUGGGGGAUUCAGAGACCUGUGAGAGGGGGGAAGGCGAGCCCAGAAGCCAGCUGGUCGGCAGCAAAUGUGGCCUGCAGCGACAUCCCGAGACAGCUCCCGUGGGUCAGCCACGAAGAGAACCUGCUGGGGGAUCUCAGUCCGCUCUCUUGCCCACUUGAGAAUCUGCUGUAUCGGCAUACUUCACGGGAGUCUCUGGCAGUGGAAUACAUGCAUGCUCAAGAGGGAGAUGCAUGUGAAAGGGAAACACCUCCCCUUUUUGUUCUCCAACAGAUCCAUCUCCGAGUCUGUGUGGAAUUCUUGCCACUAUGGCUGGCCUCACCUUAUGAGCAAGUGUGGUAGAUGGUCCAAUAAUAAUUCAAUGUUAAUAUUGAAUUUUCCUACUUUUUAGGGUUAUUUUAAUAUAUAUAGUUUCUCAAAAGGAGCAGGCACAUAGGCAAUGUUAGCUCUUUAAAAAUAAUGGUGUGACACUUGAAUAUGAGAGAAAGAACAGUGUG